GCGUGUAUGCUGAUCCCGCAGGUCUUGACUAUUUUCCAUAUGUCAUAAAAUGGAAGACAAAUUAAUCAUUGCUGUGGCAAAUGUCCCAGUCCUGUAUGACUGUACUCUGUUCACCUACCGGGACCUAAACCGGAGGAACCAGGCAUGGCGGGAGGUGGCAGAGACAGUUGGUGAAACUGAUAAUGUCUGCAAGAAGAGAUGGAAGAGUCUGAGGGACAGGUUCCGCAAGGAAAAGAAUAUGGAGAAGGAGGCCAAAAGAAGCGGAGCAGGGUCUGCAGGGGGGUACAAGCCCUGGCGUUUCAUGGCAGUGAUGGGGUUUUUAACCCCAUUCAUCAUAGACCGUGAGACGUCCAGCAAUGUCCCCCGGCAGACCCUGCCUCCAUCCACCCUGGUGGCAGAGGAAGAGAGCCAGGUAGACAGUGAGUCAGCCAGCCAGUCCACCAGCCAGUCCGCCAGUCAGCAGUCAGCCAGGAGGAGAAUGCUGAGGUCCGGGGCAAAACACGGGGGAGGGGGAGGGAGAUGUCCCCGUUUGAACGAAGUCUGCUGUCAGCAAUUACCCAGCAAUUGCCCAGCCAACCCCACCAGUGGUGGAGGAGGACGAGGACUUGCAAUUUUUCAAGAGCCUCUUGCCCACCAUGAGGCAGAUGACAAGGGCACAGAGGGCAAGAGUCCGCCUCGGGGUACACCAAAUAAUUUUUGACGUGGACCAGCAGGACAAUUUAUAAUUUUUUCACACAUACUGAUCCACAUUACAUUUUUUUACACUCAUCACUCAUCACACACACUUCACUCAAAUUCACCAAAUAAAACAUUAUUUCAAGUAUGUUAUGGCUAUACUGUGUCUUCACUUGUUCAUGUGGUUUGUCAGUUGCAACAUACCAGAAGCUUCAUGUAUGUCGGUAUAUAUAAUGUGCUUUCUUCUGUAAUUGGUCAUGUGAAAACCUAUUGAAAUUAUGAGUGGUUUAUCAGUAAAAACAGGGCUGAAAGAAAAAGGUUGUUAGUCAUAUCAUGAUAUAAUAAUAUCAAUUCAAGAAACAUGUUUAUUAGGAAUGUUUGAUUUUAAAAUGGCUCAUUUGGAAUAUUUGCUCUUUAAAGAAAAUGGGUAGCUCUUAAAAGAGCUUUUGGUUUGGAGGAGCCAUGGUGACCCUACACCACUUUAUGCUGCCAUGACACUACACCCUCCUCAUUCAAAUAGGAGCAGAAGGUCUCCCGCAGUUGGAUGGAUUGGCGUGUGGCGUUGUUUGAGCCCAUCAUAGGUGCAUCGCGCAGGGUUGGAGCUUCAUCACUCGACUCUGCGACGACAGGGACGACAGGUGUGCGUGAUGACCUUCCUAUUGUCUUCCUGCGGAGGAAGUUGUGCAACACACAGGUGGCCUUCACACACAACUCUGUUACCUCCGGGCUGGUGGUGAUGACACGCCGGAACAUUCUCCACUGAGAUGAGAGGAUGCCAAACGCACAUUCAACCACCAACCUGGCCCGGCUGAGGCGGUAGUUGAACAGCCUCCUUUCACGCGUGAGCUGACGUCCAGGGAACGGACGCAGCAGGUUGUCCAGCAGCGGAAAAGCCUCAUCUCCAACAAACACAUGGGGAAGAAGGCCCAGCCGCUCUGCUCCUGGGAUGACGGUGUCAGGUGGUAGCUGCAGACUGCCAUCUCUGAGGCUCUCUCCAAAAGCGGAAUUCCGCAGGCUCCCACCGUCGCUGCUCCUUCCAAAACCUCCGACAUCCACUACCCUGAAGAGGUACUCAGCAUCCACAACAGCCAGCAGUACCAAGGAGUGGCUGGACUUGUAGUUGAAGUAGAGGGACCCAGAAUUUGCCGGAGCCUGGAUCACCACGUGCUUUCCAUCAAUGGCACCAACGCAAUUUGGAAAGUUCCAGCGCUCCUGGAACCCAGCAGCGAUGGCUCUCCAGUCCUCCGUCUGUGGUACCGGCAUGGUCUCCUCGACCAGCGCGGUCCAGAUGGCACCCGCAACCUCCUUGACGAUGACAGCCACUGUUGCAUGCCCGACCCGAUAGCUGAAUGCUAUGGUCCUGUACGAGUCACCGGUUGCCAGGUACCUGAGAAAAAAGUAAUAUACAAGAUUU